AUGAACUCUCAACCGAGCUGGCUGCGGGACAACGUCAUCGCCGUCAAUGUGCUUGCCCUCGUCAGCAUUGUGCUUCGGUUCGUCGCUCGACGCAUCCGUAAAGUGGUUAUAGGUGUCGAUGACUAUCUCAUCAUUGCAAGCUUGGCUUUGCUCUUCACGAUUUCCGGCAUUGCUCUGGGAAUGAUUCAUUAUGGAUUGGGAUACAAUAAGGUGGAUCUCCCCGCCGAAAGGUCGCUGAUGGUGGCCAAACUGCUCUACGUCUUUGAGAUCAUUUACGUGAUCAACCUCCUAACUAUCAAGCUUUCAAUCUUAAUGAUGUACCGCCGUAUUUUCACCAACAUCUCUCGUCUAUUCCGCGUGGGCGCGAUGAUCUGUGGUGCGGUGGUCACGCUCUGGGCCACUGCUUUCGUGCCCGCCGCCAUUUUCCAAUGCACGCCGGUGGCCAAGGCGUGGGAUAUUGAUAUACCUGGACACUGUAUCAAUCUACAACUUGGGUUUUACUGCGUCGCGCUACCCAAUAUUCUCACCGAUAUUGCCAUUUUGUCGCUGCCCAUCCGAUCCUGUUGGCAAUUACACAAGAGCGUCCUCUACCGCCUGUCCCUCAUUGGUGUCUUCAUGCUGGGUAUUUUCGUUGUCGGUGUGAGUAUUUACCGAUUUACACUUCUGUUCCAGUUUACGCCACAUAAUGUCCCUGGAACCAUCGGGCCGUCGACGAUAUGGUCGGUGAUUGAAUGUGCGGUGGGCAUACUCUGCGCAUGUCUGCCCACCAUAACCCCGGUGUUCCGGAUAAUCUGUCUUAAAUUCAACUGUCCCUGCUGGUCAGAGGGACGCUCGGGUGCCGAAGACAAUGCCAACAAUGACAUGCCAACUCCCGUUCGUCGACGCGUCUUCAAGGUGUGGGAAAGUAUUAGUUUUUCACAGGGCAUCAGCACUCUACCAACUCAGGACACCCGGACAACCCAAUGUGAUCAGCGCUCCUUGGUGAAAUCUUCUCCCUCAGAUGAAAAUAACGACUUGGAGUUAUCGCAUCUCACAGCUUGCUCGACGGUGCCGUCUGGUCGAAGCACAUUAGGAGACCAUAGUCUACCACCGGGCCAUGUAUAG